AAUAAUAAUAAUAAUAAUAAUAAUAAUAAUAAUAAUAAUAAUAAUAAUAAUAAUAAUAAUAAUAAUAAUAAUAAUAAUAAUAAUAAUAAUAAUAAUAAUAAUAAUAAUAAUAAUAAUAAUAAUAAUAAUAAUAAUAAUAAUAAUAAUAAUAAUAAUAAUAAUAAUAAUAAUAAUAAUAAUAAUAAUAAUAAUAAUAAUAAUAAUAAUAAUAAUAAUAAUAAUAAUAAUAAUAAUAAUAAUAAUAAUAAUAAUAAUAAUAAUAAUAAUAAUAAUAAUAAUAAUAAUAAUAAUAAUAAUAAUAAUAAUAAUAAUAAUAAUAAUAAUAAUAAUAAUAAUAAUAAUAAUAAUAAUAAUAAUAAUAAUAAUAAUAAUAAUAAUAAUAAUAAUAAUAAUAAUAAUAAUAAUAAUAAUAAUAAUAAUAAUAAUAAUAAUAAUAAUAAUAAUAAUAAUAAUAAUAAUAAUAAUAAUAAUAAUAAUAAUAAUAAUAAUAAUAAUAAUAAUAAUAAUAAUAAUAAUAAUAAUAAUAAUAAUAAUAAUAAUAAUAAUAAUAAUAAUAAUAAUAAUAAUAAUAAUAAUAAUAAUAAUAAUAAUAAUAAUAAUAAUAAUAAUAAUAAUAAUAAUAAUAAUAAUAAUAAUAAUAAUAAUAAUAAUAAUAAUAAUAAUAAUAAUAAUAAUAAUAAUAAUAAUAAUAAUAAUAAUAAUAAUAAUAAUAAUAAUAAUAAUAAUAAUAAUAAUAAUAAUAAUAAUAAUAAUAAUAAUAAUAAUAAUAAUAAUAAUAAUAAUAAUAAUAAUAAUAAUAAUAAUAAUAAUAAUAAUAAUAAUAAUAAUAAUAAUAAUAAUAAUAAUAAUAAUAAUAAUAAU